CUCCACUUGACUUGGGAAACCAGCCAACUUCUCUCCAUUCGUCCAAUUUACUUUCUUUCCAUCGACACCAUGGAUGUCUUCCUUGACGUUCUGGACACCUUCGUCUUCGAUCGGAUGUAUGCGGCGAUCUUGCCGGCGUCCAGUUUAGAGUCGGGAGCUCCGGCGGGUUCAGCGCUCUACAAUCAGCAUGUCAAUUUGUACUACCCUCUUGAGCCAUCGCAAUGGGUCGAUGCGAGUUCCUGGAAACGGGAUAAUAUGGCUAGACAGGCUGUCUCGCUGUUUCUCAUUACAUGCCAUGUACCUCAUCGGCAGCACCGUCAUCUACCAUACCCUGUUCGACAAGAACAUGCUGCGCCAUCCGCGCUGCCUGCCCAACCAAAUCCGACAAGAGAUCAGCCAAGCCCUAACGACCAUGCCUACCAUGGCCAUUCUCACCGUGCCGUUCUUCCUCGCCGAGAUCCGCGGAUACUCGAAACUCUACGACUUCAGCGACGGGGCCCCCUUCCCGGGCUACCAGUGGCUGCAGUAUCCGCUCUUCAUCUGCUUCACCGACUGCGGCAUCUACUGGAUCCAUCGCGGAGAGCACCACCCGUCGGUUUACAGCUGGCUGCACAAACCGCACCAUAAAUGGAUCAUGCCGACGCCGUUUGCCAGCUAUGCGUUCCACCCGCUCGACGGAUGGGGCCAGAGUCUCCCGUACCAUAUUUUCCCGUUCAUCUUCCCGCUCCAGAAGUGUGCUUAUAUCGGGCUGUUCGUGUUUGUGACAAUGUGGACGUUGUUGAUUCAUGACGCCGAGUAUUUGUCAAACUCAAAGGUCGUGAACGGCGCAGCAUGCCAUACCAUGCACCAUCUGUACUUCAACUAUAACUAUGGUCAGUACACGACGUUCUGGGAUCGGUUUACGGGCACGUACCGGGAGCCGAAGCGUGAUGGGUUCGGGGAGACUCAAUAUUGUGCGAAAAACGCUCUUUCGAAGAGUAACUGAACUUGCAGGGGAUGUCUGAUGAAAGGAUGCGCUUGUGUAAAUAGUAUGUAUAAAUUAAUGUAUAAUUAUCAUGUUAACAGUGUAACGGUUUCGUAGAGUUCAAA